AUGCAACUCGUAACCCUAAGCUGCUGUAACCUCAACCAGUGGGCACUGGACUUUGAGGGGAACACGAAGCGCAUCAUCGAGAGCAUUCAUGAGGCCAAAAAACAGGGCGCAAAGCUGCGUGUCGGCCCCGAACUGGAAAUAUGUGGUUACGACUGCUUGGACCACUUCCUCGAGGGUGAUCUGUAUCUGCACUGCUGGCAGCAGAUGUACCGCAUCCUCACGGACAAGUCGUGCUAUGACAUCCUUCUAGAUAUUGGCAUGCCGGUGAUGCACCGUGGCAACCGUUUCAACUGUCGUGUGCUCGCUUGCAACGGAAAGAUCAUCCUGAUCCGGCCGAAGCUGUUCCUCGCUUCCGACGGAAACUACCGGGAGAACAGGUACUUUAUUGCCUGGCAUGGUCCGCGCCAUGUGGAGGAGUAUUAUCUUCCACCCAUGAUGCAGGAGCUUCAAGGUUCUAUCAAGAUACCUAUCGGCGAUGCUCUCAUCAGCACGCCUGAUACGUGCCUUGGAGCCGAAACCUGCGAGGAGCUCUUCACACCAAACUCGCCUCAUAUCGGCAUGGGCCUGUCAGGCGCAGAGAUCUUCACCAAUAGCUCUGGCUCUCACCACAACUUGAGGAAGCUGGACAUCCGCAUUGCCCUCAUCACCGAGGCCACACGUAAAAAUGGCGGCAUCUACUUGUAUUCCAACAGCCGUGGCGCUGGUGGAGAAAGACUCUACUAUGACGGAUGCUCUAUGAUCAUCGUGAACGGAAACAUUGUCGCCCAAGGCAGCCAGUUUUCUCUGAAAGACGUGGAGGUGAUCACGGCAACAGUUGACCUCGAAGAGGUCCGAUCGUUCCGCUUCACCCCGUCUCGAGGUAUGCAGGCCAUGCAGGCGCCGGCUUACCAGCGCAUCGAGGCCUCUUUCAGCCUGUCGGACGACACCCUGGGCCUCGCUCCGACCAAGACUCGUCCGGCACAUUAUCACCUUCCCGAGGAGGAGAUCGCCCUUGGGCCAGCAUGCUAUCUUUUCGACUACUUGCGGCGCUCUGGUGCUGCAGGUUUCCUUCUGCCGCUGAGUGGCGGCAUCGACAGCUGCGCCACGGCCACCAUCGUCUUCAGCAUGUGUCGGCUUGUCAUGGCUGCUGUCGAAGAGGGCAACGAGACGGUGAUGGAAGUUUUCAAGCGCUGGUGUCGGCAUGCCGAGACCCUCCCCAAGACGCCACAGGAGCUGUGCAAUUGCAUCAUGCAUAGCAUCUACAUGGGAAUGAAGACACAGUCUAGCAAGGAAACGAGGCAGCGAGCCGAGACACUUGCCAAAGACAUUGGCAGCUAUCACACGGACAUCAACAUAGACGACGCAUUCCAUUCAUUCAAGGGACUCUUUUCUGGUGCGACCGGAUUCGAUCCGAAGUUCAAGGUUUACGGCGGUGGCAACACGGAGAACCUUCUCGGUUCGGCAAAUGUUGAUGAAUGCCUGAGAGGCUACUUAACAAAAUAUGACUGCUCGAGCGCGGAUAUCAACCCGAUUGGGUCCAUCUCAAAGACAGACCUGAAGCGAUUCAUCAGGUGGGCUUGGAAGGAGUUUGAUCUGGCUAUCCUAGAAGAGUUCUUGGACGCCGUACCUACGGCCGAGCUGGAGCCCAUCACCGGCGACUACGUCCAGUCUGAUGAGGCCGACAUGGGAAUGACUUACGAUGAGUUGUCGACAUUUGGAGUUUUGCGCAAGGAGCUCAAGCUCGGCCCUUACUACAUGUUCCAGAAACUCGUGCACGACUGGAAAGAGGAACGCGGCCUUACGCCACGGGAGGUGGCCGAUAAAGUGAAGAGAUUCACGCACUUCUACUGCAUUAAUCGCCACAAGAUGACCACAAUGACGCCUUCAGUCCACAUGGAGAGCUACUCACCCGACGACAACCGGUUUGAUCACCGGCCAUUCUUAUAUCCCCGCAUGUGGGACAACUGGGCCUUCAAGAUGAUUGAUGAAGAGGUCGAACGGCUGGAGGCAGCAGAAGAGGAAGCGGCCGCCAACACCACAAUCUAA